AUACCUGCGAUGACGUAACGCAAACGAGCUGACUUGCUAAAAAUGAGAUAAAAAUGCUAAAUGCAUGCUGUACGUUACUUUCUGCAUACACCAUAACCUGCUGUUUUAUCUAUAGCUUUACGUACCCUGUGAAUUACCCUACCAUAGAUGAGUCUUCUUUUUACAACAAGGAAAAUGGUGACUUGAAACAAUCUGUACUUAAUGAAAGGUACGCAGCAGAUGUUGAGUAUGGCGAAACUCUGACCCCAGACACGGGAAUUCAACAGGAGACUGCAGCUCGUAUUGUAGCGCAGAUAAAGGCUAAUCGGAAAAAACUCGCAGGAACUCGUAGUAAAGGGAAAUUUAAUCCUAUUACGGACACAGUAGCACAAGGUGGAGAACAUUAUGACUUUGGUCUUACCAAUGACUUGGUCAGUGAAUCAACGUACAAGGAUAUCUUGCUGGACGUUCUUCAGGAUGAGGAAAUGGAUAGAGAAGGACAGGGGAGAAAUCGAAAGAGGAGAUCGAAUAAUGAAGAGGAGAUCAAAAACGAAACAAUACAUUCACCUCCUAAAUAUAGCAGAGUGAAAGCGAGGUCCAUCAUUAGAAUGAUUGAUGAUGAUGAUGAUGAUGAUGACGAUGAUGAUGAUGACAGUGUCAUAGAUGUAGCCAGGACUAUACCACAUACUCCCAUAACUGUGGUCGAGGAUGAUGAUGAUGACGAUGACAAUGUCAUAGAUGUAGUCAGGACUAUACCACAUACUCCCAUAACUGUGGUCGAGGAUGAUGAUGAUGAUGAUGAUGAUGACGACGAUGAUAAUGUCAUAGAUGUAGUUAGGACUAUACCACAUACUCCCAUAACUGUGGUCGAGGAUGAUGAUGAUGAUGAUGAUGAUGGUGACGAUGACAAUGUCAUAGAUGUAGUUAGGACUAUACCACAUACUCCAAUAACUGUGGUCGAGGAUGAUGAUGAUGAUGAUGACGAUGAUAAUGUCAUAGAUGUAGUUAGAACUAUACCACAUACUCCCAUAACUGUGGUCGAGGAUGAUGAUGAUUACGAUGACAAUGUCAUAAAUGUAGUUAGGACUAUACCACAUAUUCCCAUAACUGUGGUCGAUGAUGAUGAUGAUGAUGAUGAUGAUGACAAUGUCAUAGCUGUAGCUAAGACUAUAACACACACUCCCAUAACUGUGGUCGAGGAUGACGACGAUGAUGAUGAUGAAAAUAUCAUUGAUGUAGCCAGGACUAUAGCACAUACUCCCAUAUCAGUGGUCGAGGAUGAUGAUGAUGAUGAUGAUGUCAUAGAUGUAGCUAGUACUAUAAAACAUACUCCCAUUACUGUGGUUGAGGAGGAGGAUGAUGAUGAUGAUGAUGACGACGACGAUGAUGAUAACGUAUAUAUUCCACUGGUUACCAAAACAACAGCAACAGGGCCACCAGUAUACAUGGAUGUGCAACAAAAUCCACUUGAUGAGGAAAUAAAUGUUAUUGAAGACAACCUGAAAUCAGAUACUGAAGCCGACUUGGCUACAGAUGAUGAAGAACCAGACGAUGCCAUGUAUAAUCGGAUUCUGAAAGAGCGUUUCAAGUCAUAUGUCGAACAUCGAAACAAGCGCAAGAAUCAUCAACUUACUGAUGAUCUGGAGAGGGUGAGCGAGGGUCUGCUGCCGGAGCACGAGGACCUGGACGAGAUGGACCUGCCCAGCAUGAACGCCACGGGCACCGUGAUCACCAUCGACGAGCCGGAGAACUUCGAGAUCAGGGAGACGCAGAGCAAGAGCGUCUGGAAGCGACACGCCUAUCCAGUCUACGACGCCAUCGACGACGACGACGACGUCGAGCAGGAGGAUGAAGACGAUGGCGAGGACGACGUCACAGAAGAUACGUCAGACCUGACCGAACAGCCGAACGGGCCCAUCGCUAUUGAGGAGCAAGAAGAGAUACAGUUCUCAGACCUGUUUGCCCAGAACCCAAAAGCCAUCAAGUGGGACGAGCCGCAGAUGCUGUCGAAUUGCUGGUUCCACGCCAUGGUCUCCAGGAGACGGGGAUUCUCGCCCAGCUGCAACCCGGACGGGACCUACUCGGCCAAGCAGUGUCACCUGCAGAGGUGCUGGUGUGUUCACAAAGACGGCACGUCACAGGUUCUGGACAGAAGUGAACGGUUCUCCUUCGCCUUGGCCGGUCUCAUGUUAAAGUGCACGCAAAACGUCUAAACACUUUUAAAGGGAUUUUUGUGUUGGGGGUGAUUUUUGCAAAUGGAGUCCUCACCACGUGGUCCAUCGUGGUAGUCAUGAAUGAGACAGACAUACCAUAGUAAAACUAGCGCGGUGACGCAAUGCCUGUCCUUGAUCUGGGAUGACUGGGAUGGCAUGCAGGGUCAAUUGCACAUUCAGCAAUCAUUGCAGUUCACACAGGUUCCAUGAAGCUGUGUCUGGGUAUUAUACAUUAUGGAGGUGAUGGGCAUGACCCACUGACGCGUUUGUUUUGAUAGACUUGGCUAAUGAAAACAGCCUGCGUCUGAUUGUGGCAGUAAAUUGUCUUUCAAAUGAUUAUUCCAAUUGGAACUGGGUGAGGGGGUAUUUCUAGAUGUUACGUAAAUGUGCACUGUAUUUAAUAUAAACAACGAGCGUCUGUUUGAUAGAUUUGGAAAAUAUUUAGGGGGUGGUGAGGUGGGUGGGGUUCUGCAUAUUCAUAAAUGUAAAUUAUACAUUGUCAGCAAAAAGAGUGUCGCCUUAUUUAUAUAUAUAUAUAUUUUUUUUUUUUAAAGUAUAUUAUGAAACGUAGUAAUGCAAUUUAUUAUAACAGUUUCUAUUAAUAUUUCUGGUUGUGUUUUAAUGUGAUUUUUAUUCUAUAUUGACAACAAUUAGAUGUGUCUUUUUAGAUUGUAUUUUGUUUUAAAUAAUUUUGAUGUUCUCACUUUGGCACGACUGAAGAGGUGUCUGCUUGUGAUUAAAUAUAUGUAACGUA